AUGGAGAGCAAUGACACUCGCCAAGCUCAAGCAAAGAUGCUUACAGAGAAGCAAUUCGCCAGUCUGCAGUCACGCAUUGCCGCACUUCCAAACGAGCUCAGCGACAUGAUCCUCGAGAAGUUGCUAGAAUUUGACCAUCCGGCGAAACUGCGCCUCAGUGAUUUUGUUCAGCCACUAGCAUUCAAGCUCAACCACGAGGCUCGAUCCAGAUACGCUCCACAAUUCUUCGCCACCACUAAGUUUAUCAUGUCAGGACGAGAGCUGCGCAUGUGGAUACCGGACCGCCUGACAGAUUGGCACCGAAAAGCAAUCAAGCACGUAGGAGUUCUAGCUGUGAGUGAGGGAUUUACGACGCAGUUCAAGAAGGCAACAGAGGCCUCCGGGCUUACAGCUGGCGAAGUGGUGACGCGGAGAUUGAAACUCUUCGCAAAAUGCCAUUCUGCUCCGAAGACUGGCGCAAUAGGGAAGAGAGUCUGGGCGAGAGAAGGCACAAGACCGGACGACAACCGUGAGUUCGAAGUGGACAUGAAGUGUUGUAUUGGGUACAUCGACGUCACUGGCAACGAGGAUUUCAAGUGGUCGGAGGAAGUGGAGAUGACGAAAUUUUGUUUCUAG